AUGCCUCCAGAGGAACAAAGACUACGUUUACCUUCUCCUGAUCGACUAAGCAACCUUCCCAUUCAUUUAAUCGAUGACAUUCUAAGUAGGUUGUCUUUUCGAGAUGUUGUAAGAACUAGUACACUUUCUGUGGAUUGGCAAUAUACUUGCCGUAGAUUUCCAGAGGUGAAAUUUGAUCAAACGGUCUGGGAAACACAAGGGGACUUGGCAUCCCCUACCAUUGGAUUUAUCCCUAUUCUCGAUUGUUUCUUCAUGUUUCAUAUAGGAACAACACUGAAAGUUACCCUUGACAUUGCUAGUCUAAAAUAUGAGCCUAAAGAAUUAGUUCUAGAGGAAAAAUAUGGUUUUGACAAUAUUUUUUCGUCUAUUCCUGCUCUAGAGUAUUUCAGCUGGGAUCAUUUUGAGGUCGAUAUUGGAUCAACUGAAUUUAUACCAACAAGGCUUCCAUCCGUUCUUAACUGUUUGAAACGCCUAUUCAUAUCUUGGAUUACUCUUGGAGAGUUUUUUGAGCUUUCGUUUGCUCUUUGCAUGAUAAGGAGCUCUCCAAAUUUGGAAGAAAUUGAAAUUCAGGGGUGUAUCCUUAAUGAUGGGAAUUAUUUCGAAUCUGUGCCCCAGGAGGUUGUUGAUGAGAUUCCUGCAAGCUUCUCGGACAUCACAUUUAAUAAUCUGAGGACAGUUAAGUUUUAUGAUGUACUAUUAGAAGAGGGUGAAAUGCAGCUAAUCAAGGUUUUAUUGGCAAAUUCUCCAGCACUGGUGAAAUUGGAAAUCAAGCCUAGUCAAAUGGAAACUGACAAAUCUCUCAAAGUACUCGCGGAGAUAACAAAGUUUCAACAGACAUCAUCUAAAGCAGAAGUUGUGUAUCUUGUUGACUAG